AUUUUGUAUUUUGGUUUUCGUUUUCGCGCGAACAACCGCCUAAAAAAAAUUUGAUAAAAAAUGGCAAGGGUGUCGAGUAAGUCCGAAAUUUUGAACUUCUGAGAUUUUCGGCCAGAAUAUUUGUGCACGUAAAAGUUUGUUGAAUACCUUACUGCAAUGAGUUUGUUUGAAAACGAUGAGAAUUUCGACGAUAUCCUUACCAAAGCUAAGCGCAUAGAUAAAGGAAUUCUACACCUGGAAAAGAAGUUAUCAAACGUGAAGAAUCUAGGCGUAUCUUUCGCUCCAGAAGAAACAAAAAUUACAGCUCUCAAUGUUUUGAAAGAAUAUGACGAAGAAGUUUCAGCUAUGAAGGAAAAUUGUGAACACUGCCUCGAAGAAGAAGAAAAAAUGCUCAAAGAAAGUAUCGAAGCCAACGAAGGGAUUAUGAAUUUUAUUACGAAUAUGAAAAAUGAUUUGGAUAAAAUUGAAGAAAACAUGAAAAGCAUGGGACAGUACCAGCCUUAUGUAGAUGAAUCGCUCGAAGAAAAAUGUCCACAACAUGAUUCAGAUAGUCCAAUCGUACGUCGUGUUUCCCAUAACCGUUCAGAUAGUGUAAUGGAGAAAAGCUUGGAUGAACUCGAAACGAACAAUGCCAGUCCUUCUCUUCUUAUGAGCGCUAAUAAUUCUAUUAUCCACGUUAAAGAACCCUACCAAAAAAUGACUAAUGGGAAAUCAUUCGAUACCGGCUCGUUGUGCAGUGAAAGUAAUGGAGGAUUUAACUUCAAUGUAUCUACCAGUACCUCGUUAUCGACUCCUGUAGGUGUUACCAAGAAUUUCAGCAAAUAUUCCGAGAAAAGCAACGAUUCGCUAGAUGCAUGCCAUACUCCAUUGCUCCGUUCUACUCGUAAACCGAUCAGUUUCAUAGAUGAUGCUUGCAGAACUCCUAUCGACCCUGGCAUAUCGUUAGCUAGUAUGAAAUUGCUCGGCAAAAGUAAUAUCAAAACUAAGGUUUAUAAAAGUGGCAUUUCUGUCACGAAUCAGAAGCUCGAAUGAGUGUGUUAAUUUUUCUAAAUAAUGUUGUUUUUUGGUGAAUGAUUGAGUUUUUAAUUUUAAAUGUACUUUUUCCAUUUUAGAAAUUAUUUUUUGAGAUAAGUUUUCGUGUGUUUUUUUGGUGCAAUAUACCAAUUAAUUUUGCAUUAUAGGAAUUAAAAUAGUGUUCGUUCUGA